ACACCGGUGACAAGCCAAGUGGCGAGACGGAUCUUUGAAACUGCCGCCAAGUGCAUGCCUGAUGUGGACAAAGCCAUGAUUGCCGACUACCUCACCCACAGCACAGCCACGGCGGAGAAACAUUACCACAUGAAACAAGGUGGCUACCUGAUAAGGUCCCUUGAGCUCCUCGACGAGUUGAGAAGGCAUGAUGACAGUGAAGAAGGUCCAUCCAGCCGGGCCCAUCCAAAGUCCCGGAACCCAAGGAUGGACUUUGAGAAAGAAUGGAACAACUUCAGCAGAGAGCAUCCAGUCACAGUGGAUGGGAAGGUGCCCUCCCUCGUACACCGGGCCGCUGUGUCACAAGACAGCCAGAGGAAACUGUAUGAGCGCUGGCUGAAAAAACAGAUGAAGCUUCGGAUACAGCAUGCUGCCGCGCAAUUCCCCCGUCGGCUCCCCACAGAAAGCCGAGUGGCCGGAUGGAUCAGCAAGCAGGGAUGGAAGCGGAACAUCCCAUCUGCGUCAAAGAUCCUUGAAGCAUGGCAACCCACGGGUGACUUCCAGGACAUUCCCACCUCUGCGGCUAUUCGGAAGCUGGUAAGCUCCCAGCGGUGGAAGGGGCUGGUGAUCAGUCACAUCGAGGGAAAAGGAAGAGCAGUACUGACCACCCGCAGUUUCAAAGCAGGCGAAGUAUUAUGCGAUUACCACGGGGAGGUGGUCACUUCUGACCAAACUCAUGCUGCCACCAGCCUAAAGGAGACGGACUUUAUGUUCUUCUAUAAGAACGGGGCUGGUGAGAAAUUCUGCAUUGACGCGCACUUAGACAAGUGCCCCUGCCACCCGGACAGAGAGACCUUCGGCAGACUCAUCAACCACUCCAGAAAGAGACCCAACAUUAGGCCUCAUCUCUUCAGUCUCAAGUUUGAGAGUGGAGAAAGGGACGUGCUGCUUUUCAUGGCUAUAAGGGACAUCAAAGCAGGAGAGGAACUCCUUUUUAAUUAUGGCGUCAACAGAAAAAACUACUGCGGAGAAGGACUGGAUCUUGAAUGGAAUGAUUAAGCUCUCUUCCCUUCCCUUCUCUUGCCCCUCUCCCUUUUUUGUAAAUACUUGUAUUUUGUCUUUUUUACAUUUUUCUAUUUUUUGUAAAUAGUUGCAUUAUCAUUUUUUGCAUUUGUUUAUUUUUGUAAAUACUUGUAUUUUGUCCUUUUUUUCACAUUUUUGUAAUUACUUGUACAUUUUUACUGUUAAUAAACCAACUUGUGAUUCUGA